UUCGUCGGCUUUCACUUCCAUCGAAUAUAGAUCACACCGAUGCAUCAAAAUUGCUAAAUGACCUAACUGAAUGACUCAUGGCAAGCACACGAUUUUCGAUUAUUUACUCACAGGUCGUUGUGACCAGCACUUGCAAUGCCCCAGCACUACUAACGCACUUUUCAGUCUUGCACUAAGUGCUGCGACUAGCAUCCGUCUGUGUUCAAGAGAAAGUUAAAUUUUUCGCGCGCACCUAUUUGCAAAAAACUACUGUAGCCAAUGUUGCCGAUUAACAUCAUCAUGGCAACUUCGGAGUGACGGCGAGAAGUAGGAAUUUGCAGUGUAGCGAAUUCUUGCAUUCGUGCAAUUGCCACUACUACCAUGCCAUCCAAAGACCGGUUGAGCGAAUUUCUGGCACGGAACGAUGGGGUUCGGGGGUCAAAACGGAGCUUCCCGUGGCACGCCCACUCUCGACUGCGGAGCGAAAGCGAAGGCCAGCUGCCAGAUUUGCCGGUAAUAAAGGGGCAGAAAGAAAUUCGUGUACCCGUGGGAGCUGGUCAAACCGAGACUUUUCUUCACAAGGUUGAGCGGGUGUCCAGUUGCAUAAAUCGACUGGAAAAGGAACUGAACGUAUUAAAAAAGUUGCAGUCGGAUACUUUAGCAUCGCCACUUUCUGCGGGACAAAAUGACGGAAUUCAUCGUAUGCUCAACACAUUCCGCACAACCGCUCUGGACAUACGGAGACAGUUGAAAGAACUGGAUAAUGAUAUUGCUAUCACGAAGGAAUGUGGUGCCACGGAAGCAAGAAUCUGCUUGGCGCAGAGAGACGCGUUGAACAAAAACGUUAGCCGGGUUCUGGCGGAAUUCGCCCAAGCGGAAACUGAUUAUCGGCAACGCUGUGUGCACCGGGUGCAGCGUCAGCUUUUUAUAGUUGGUCAGCCAGCUGUCAGCCAAGAACACAUCGAAGAACUCCUAUCACGCAGUGAGCCGACCAUGUUAUUCACACAAGGGGUAAUUGCCGAUUCCCAGCGCGCCAAAGAAACUUUAGCGGAUAUUGAGACGCGACACGGCGAACUAUUGGCACUGGAAAGCAUUGUCGAAUUGCGUGACGUUUUCAAAGAUUUAGCCAUUCUCGUGGAAAGCCAAGGAGAAACAGUUACUGCUAUCGAAACCAACAUUCAACUAGCAAAAGCUGGAGCCAACGAUGCUGGGAGCUUGCUAAAAGAAGCCAGAGCUAUGCGAAAAAGUGCCAGAUCUAAAAAGAGAAAACUGCUUUGCUUUGGAGGGAUAUUCUUGGGGAUAGUUACAACCAUUAUUGUUCUUGCUGUAUAUUUCUCUGCGUGACUGAAAUUUAUGCGAUAUUUUGUAUGUAUCUGUGUAAGUUUUGUCGAUAUUACGCACUAUGUUUAUGCAUUCUCUUUUAAACGGCUCCUUGCGGAAUUUUUUUGUAGAAGUAAUAACUUUUCGGCUUUGUGCAGAAGCCACUGUUUGCUUGUUAUGACCAAAUGUUCUAGCUUCCUUUUGUGGUAAUCGCGUUGAAUCUUUUGCGUUUCAUUGCCGACUUUGUUUUGGAAGCGUACAAAGGGUCGCGACAUAGAUCUGAAUUGAGAAAUAGUUAUACGGCGGAGAUAAUGGUCGUGUUUCUUAGUUAAUAAAAUUAA